UGGAUCAGGGAGUGCGAGACCGGGGAGGUCAAUCGGCCGUCAGAGGGGCGGGAGAAGGCGUGGCCACACCCUGCCCCGCCCCUGCUCCGUGGCCGCUUCCCUGCGGGCUAGUGCCUCGGGCGGGACCAGGAGACAUGGGCGCUACCUGGGCGAACCCCGGAUGGGUGCGGCUCGCGCUGUGCCUGGCGGGUCUAGUGCUCUCUCUCUACGCGCUGCACGUGAAGGCGGCGCGCGCCCGGGAUCGGGAUUACCGCGCGCUCUGCGACGUGGGCACCGCCAUCAGCUGUUCGCGCGUUUUCUCCUCCAGGUGGGGCCGGGGCUUCGGACUGGUGGAACAUGUGCUUGGCCAGGACAGCAUCCUCAAUCAAUCCAAUAGCAUAUUCGGUUGCAUCUUCUACACUUUACAGCUGUUGUUGGGUUGCCUCCGGGCCCGCUGGGCAUCUAUCCUGCUGGUGCUGAGUUCCCUGGUGUCUCUUGUUGGCUCUGUCUACCUGGCCUGGAUCCUAUUCUUCGUACUCUAUGAUUUCUGCAUCGUUUGCAUCACCACCUAUGCCAUCAAUGUGGGCCUGGUGGUGCUCAGCUUCCGGAAGGUCCAGGAACCACAGGGCAAGGUCAAAGGGCACUGAGCCCUCACCCAGGCCAGGCUGACCUCAUGCUCUGCUUUGCCAUGUGAACCCUGCCCAAGGGGGCCAUGUCUGGAUCCUUAGAAGAGUCUGCAACCUGACCCCACCAUACUCCCACACAGGACAAUGGACCAAAUGUGCCACACUCUCUUCCACGCUAGUGCCUUUGGCUCUGUCCCCAAGGGCUGGUUUCCAAAGUUCCUGCCAUUGCCCAAGGAGGGAAGGUUCUGAGCAAUAAAAUUUCUUAAAUAAA